AUUCAAUCAAUAAUCCCAUACAGAGCGGUCUUACUCCGAUCGCCCAAUUGAAAAGAUCCCUGCGUCCGGCCACGCCCACAUGCCAUGCAUGCUUCUGCUCAGAUCUUUUUUUUAUGCUUAGCGUACUUUUUUUCGGAAAAUCCUGUCAGUUUAACCAGCAUCGAAGAAAACAUACACAUCGUCCUUUUAGAGAGGACGGAAAAACGCUCGUAUUAAGAUUUCCGCAGAAAGACGCGGAAGAUAGACGCGGAGAGUACGAAGACGGAGGCAAAUACACGCAGGAAGCAUUCACCCAGGAAUCUUCGCGGAGAAAGGUGUGCCAACAUGGCAUUCGGACUACUAGCAUUAGCGGUUUUGGCUUCAUUCGUCGUUCCCGAUCCCGCCCAUGGAUUUGGAGUACCUGAGUGGACUUGCCAGUCAUGUGACUGCCUACCCCCACAAAAUUUGACGACUUUGGAUUUAAGCUCGUCGACAUACAUGUUGCAGAAUCGGUUUUACGUCGACGAGUUCGGCCAGCAACAACUGUGCUACUGUCUCUGCGGGGGGAAGCUCGGUGAUAAAUGCACGAUCCGCGGGGACUGUAUCGAAGGGUUGUUCUGCGCCGACCGACCGACCAAAGACAGCCCUUUCGGUGUUUGCGAAGAUAGAUGCGAGAAGGACCCUACGUUCAAGUGCAAGCUCUAUGAGACAUGCGUUGUAACUAAAGACGGGACUCCCAAAUGUGAAAGCCUUGUAAGAUAUUGUGCUGAUAACUACGACUUUCCUGUUUGUGCAACAAACGGCAACGAGUUCAAGACUUUUCGGAUCAGGUGUGAGUUGGCCCUCAAGAACAAAGAACUUGAUAAAUUGAUGCAGCCCCGGUUUCAGCACGUCACAAUAGGGACCUGUCCAGGUGAUCUUAACCAAGCCGUUCCGGCACCGAUCCCUCUCUAUUAAACUGGACCUUGCAUUCAACAUUGUACAAUCCACUCAUCAAUAGGGGAUAGGUUUCACCAAUCGUCAUAGCUCAUAAGCGUCGAAUUCACGAAAAAUCCGAUAAAAAUUAUUUUCAAUCUGUACCAUUCUUUAACCAAUUUGUGAAAAGUUCAUUUAGCAGCUUGUGCGAUCAUUAAGAUUCGUAAUAUUGGAAAACUAGAGUCAAAGUGAAAUGUAUUAAUCAUUAACACAAUAAUAAUUUACGAAAUAUUAGAUAAGCUCUUACUCAGAGGUCUAAAUAUGAACAAAAUGAAAGUAAAUUACUACAAUACGAGGGAGCGAUGCUAAUUAUGGCAUUUCGCAUUAACAAGACACCAUGGCCCGUAUUCUGGCGUCGAGUUUAAUUUAAACUCUGGUUUUAAGUUGUGGUUUAACUAUGGAAAGCCAGUUGUUACAUAAAUCUCUAACAGUAGAGGUUCAAUGUAUCAGCUCAUUUGACUCCGAAAACAUUAUUUACUGCCUGGGAAGGAUAUGUAUGACAGUUGUCUUCACCAUUAAAGAAUUUGUAAAGAGCACAGUAAACAUGAGAAGCAAUCACUGUAAACAAAAAUUUGAAACGUUUGGCAUCCCAUAAUAUUAGAACAGAGUUAGACCAUGGUCUAAGUUAAACCUGACUUCAGAAUACGGGCCCAUGGCCCUGGGAAGCGGGGGUGCUGCCUGUAUUAUUUUCCAUGGGCAGCAACCCCAGGAAUUCUGGACGGUGUGACAAAGUGGAGAAACUUAAUGUAAUAAAAAAGUACAUAUACUUUUUACAGAAACCCCCUUUUUUUGCUUGUCAAAUUGCUCGGGAGGUAAAUGACCAUCAUUUUCUUUUUCGGUGAUUUUUUUUUAUGACCUUUGUUCUGGAGUGAAACCUUUUUUUUUUGCUUGUCAAAUUGACAUCAGCACCCCCAGUCAAAAAAUCGUUCCCAGGGCCCUGCAAGACACAGUGAUAUGCAACGACUGCAUGUAUACACUUGAUUUAGAACUUGAAUAUGUAAUAAUGGAGCUUAAUUUCCCACUUUUGCAAUUAACUAAUAAAACUUUAGAGCUACAUGAACUAUUUCAUUUUAAGCAAAAACAAUCCACUACGGCUCUGUGGUCAAACAAUGGCAAAUACCUUGAAGUUGUCUUAUCUAUUUGCGAGAGUUUAUUAUUUUAAAUUGGCUUUUGUUAUUUUUUUAAUAUGAUUUGUGUCAUUACCAUUAUCGUCAUCAUCAUCAUCAUCACCAUCACCGUUGCUGCAAUAAUUAUUUAUGUUCAAUGUCGUUACUAUUGAUUUUGUAUCAUUAUCGUCAUAUACAACAAUGUUGUUAUUAUUUUCAGUGUUAUUGUUAUAAUCAUAAUUAUCAAGAUAAUUAUUAUUGUUGCUUUUAAAUAUUGUUGUUAUUUAUUCAUUUUUCCUAUCACUUUUGUAAUUCCGAUUAUUUUCGUUGAUAUGAAUUUUAUUCAUAUUACUUUAUUAUUGUUAUGAUAAUAAUUUUUUUAUUUUUAAUGUUAUCAAUAUCAUCAUCAUCCCCAUUAUAAUUAUCAGUACUACUAUUAGUAUAAUAUUACCUCAUUAUUAUUAUUAUAUUUGUUACUUUUUCUCGUUGCCGCUGUUUAUACUAUAUUAUUAUUGUUAUAAUUAUUAUAUUUCUUAUUAUCAUUAUUAUUAGUAGUAGCAUUAUCAUCAUCAUCAUCAUAACCAUAGCCAUUGUUAUUGUUGAUAUUAUUCUUAUCACUAUUUUUGUGUGUUGUAUUAUCAUCAUCAUGAUCAGUAUCAUUGGUUUUAUCACCAACGAGAAGAGAAAUGCUAGAUAUAGAUACAAACUUAA